AUGGCAAAAACAAAACAAGUCGCCAGAAGAGGGCCUCGGCCUGCUAUGGCAGGGAAAAAGCGACCUGUCAGAAGAGAGGUCCAGCGGAGGUCUCGAACCAUGGAAGUCCUCAAGAUCGGUGACGAUGACUCCAUCCGCGUUGUGCGACGUCUCCGACCACAGCAAGACGACGACAGCGAAAGCGAAUACUGCGAGGAUGAGGAGCCUGCUUCCCCUGGAUAUCCGCAAGUGGCUUCAGACGUCCAAAUGACACCAGCUGUGGCCUUGACUAGGUCGAUGGCACGCCUUCAUCAGCCGCCCCCGUCCACUUCAGCUCCAGAGGAGGAAGCGCACCCUGACAGUUCUAGUGACGAUGAUAAACCUCUUCGUCGGAACCGCAGACCUAGUCGCCAGCUUCUCGAGCCAUCUCUGGAGACUGUCAAAGCAAAAGCCCCAAGUAAAGGAGUUGCUCCUGCACAAUCCGGUGUGUCCAAAAAGUCCCCGAAGAAAAAGGGCCUCAAAAAUUCAAACGCGAAGACCAAGCCUCUCCGUGAGGUUACCGAAGAACAUCACCUGGAGCGCCUUCGAUCUGUGAUUGACGAAGAACUACUCGUACCGGUUGAGCGCAAGCUCCCAGGCACCACCAAGCCAGGAAGGAUGUACGUUGCAAGCUGGCAGAUGAUUGAUCGGUUGCAGCGGGAUAGAAACACUGCCUCUGGAGACGUAAUUCGACUGGAGAAGGAAGUCAUGGAUCUGAAGAAAAGGCUCGAGCAUGUGAAGAAGGCAUUGAAGUGA